ACUGAACGUUUUCGUGAGAAACACUUCUCGAUUAAUAUGGACCUAGAGACUGUGUGUUUGUCCUCAAAUCCGUUCGUGAAGAUUAAGUAAGUGUUAAAGUGGCUCAUCAUGGAGAACUAUACAGCCCCAUCAACAAAUUCAACAUACAAUUUCAGUGCAAACCCAUUGACAACAGUGAAAACUAUGUCACGACCAAAAAGCCCUACAUCUACUUGGUACGAGACUGGAAAAGUGCAAAUUCCCCUGUAUUCUAUUAUUUUUAUGUUGGCUGUUGUUGGAAAUACUCUGGUGAUCCUGACUUUGGUCCGAAACCGAAGAAUGAGGACCAUAACGAACUUGUUUCUGCUAAACCUUGCAGUAUCAGACCUUCUACUUGGGGUCCUUUGUAUGCCCUUCACAUUGAUUGGAGCUCUUUUGCGUGACUUUGUCUUCGGUGAAGUUAUGUGCAAACUCGUUCCGUUCUUACAAGCUUGUUCCGUAUCGGUUGGAGCUUGGACGCUGGUAGCCAUAUCUGUUGAGAGGUAUUACGCCAUUUGUCAUCCGCUUCGAUCACUAAGAUGGCAAACUUCGAGCCAUGCCUAUAAGCUAAUUGCUGCAAUCUGGAUUGGGAGCCUCAUUUGCAUGUCACCUAUAGCUUUACUCAGUCAGCUGAAGCCCACAAAACAGGGUAAUCACAAAUGCCGAGAAAGCUGGUAUUCCAAGAGGCAGGAAAGAGCGUACAAUAUUUUCCUCGACGUUAUUCUUCUCCUCAUUCCAUUACUUGUGAUGCUGACGACGUAUUCUCUGAUUGCCAGAACUUUGUAUAAGGGAAUGAAAUCGGAGAGGGCACUACGAGACAGUUACGUGAAUGGUGAUAUGGAAGUUUUCAUACAACAAAAGACGGCGAAAACUACCACAAUAAGCCGUCGAAACUCAAGUGUCCAAUCAAGUUUUCGACAAUUUCCCCAGAACUCAACUUCAUCGACCAGGAACACGAAAACAUUUUUGAGACACCUCACCUUGAGAAGAACAAAUGCCGAUCGCAGUCUCCACAACAAGAAGCGGGUCAUCAAGAUGCUUUUUGCUGUCGUUUUAGAGUUUUUCAUAUGCUGGACACCCCUGUACAUAAUAAAUACAGUGGCUCUCUUCGAUCCGUUCAUUAUAUACAAUGGCUUAGGCUACACAGCAAUAAGUUUCUUUCAGCUAUUGGCCUAUACGUCUAGUUGCUGUAAUCCUAUAACUUACUGCUUCAUGAACAGAGCUUUCAGAAAAACUUUCGUCAAUAUUUUCGGAUGUUUAGGGAAGUACAAUAAUGAUUUGGCUGGGAGUGACAUCAAUAUGGUCACGAAAUGGGUUCACAAGUUUCCUGAACCUAAUACCUAGGUGUUGGCUGUGUAAAAUUUGGAUGUUUGAAGAAUAUGAACAUUUAAAUUUUUCCUUGUGUGAUAAAAUUGGUGAUUAUGGAUUGGAAUACAAAGGGAGGAGUGCUCAUACAAAGUCUCGUAAGCUUAUAAGGCCCAUAAUGAAAUACAUUCAGUGUAUUUGCUAUUGAAUAAGAAUUGUAAUUUUUGAUUACUCAUUCAUAUUUUGAAAGGUAUGAAUAUGUUGAAAAAUUCGGUCCGAAAUGACUAAACCUAUAAACCUACAUUUGUCUGUUGAAAAACAUGGUCUUAAAUAAACACAACCGUUGGAAAUAAAAGAGGCAAAACUACAACUUUCACCAAAGAUUUCGAAAUAUUGCAACUAUAACUAUUCAGUCUCAAAAUUGAAAUACAAACAAAUUUAUAAGGAAUCCUCGAAUCGGAAAUUAUCCAUAAUCACCUGAUUAUGGUCACAACAUUUUCAGCAAUGCGAUAUACAAAAAUUAGUCGUGAUCUCAUGCAUUGCAAAUGUCCAAAAUGUAAACUAGGCAAAUUUUAGGGAUGGGGGAUUGUAUGGAAAAUAUUUCAGUAACAUCUUCCUUUUGUGGAUCAUAAUAUAUCAAUCGACUUUCCGUCGGUAAACAAUUGGUGGAAUAAGUAAGAAUUUCUUAAUUUAUUUCCAUUUUUUCCAUGUCUAAAUAGAUGUUUCUCUGUGAUACCUGUGAUUAUAACUCCAAAAAUGAUAUGUAAGAUGUGUUUGAAAUGUGUAAAUACAGGCAUUUUCCUAAGAAUAAAA